AAGAGAGCGUAGCUUGACGUAUCAGUCGGCGAGGAGGCACGCGAUCCGACGUGCCGAAGAGAAACGAGCCAGGCGGGAGGAGGAUUCAGCUGAUGCUAUGGAAAAGGGAGGGAGGGCUACUAGCGUGGAUCCUGCAACAGUAAAGGUGACACUGACCGAUCUCAACCCGUUCAAACCGAUAUGGAGCGUUCUCACUCGCAAGAACAACCUCUGCAUUCUCUUCCCUUCGGCAUUGCUAUUUGCCUUCCAAUACAGUGUAUGUUUUACUGCUGCCAGAACCUUUGCCGCUGCCCCGUACAAUUAUGAUCCUCUCCACAUCGGCUUGGUUCUGCUCUCGUUCGGUUUAGGUAACAUGUUCGGCAGCGUAUUGGGCGGCAGAUGGUCCGACUGGAAAUACAACAAACUUCGAGUGGCGAAUGGGGGACAUGGAUGGCCAGAGAUGAGACUCAGAAGCACUAUAGCGGUGAUGGUCGUACUACCGCCAUCCGUCCUUGCGUUUGCCUGGACCUGUCAGAAGCACACUCAUAUUGCGGGACCAGUCGUGACACUCUUUAUCUCCGGCUUUACUGUUCUUACACUCGCCUACGUUGUCGAUGCUAACGCGGGUCGAUCCACUGCGGCCGUAGCUAGCAAUAGCUCUUUCCGUGGUCUUUCGGGGAUGAUUGCUUCGGAAAUUGCAGCGCCAUUGCAGGAUAGCAUCGGGGACG